AUGAUAAGCAUACUGGAAGGCCUUCUCAUUUUUAUAGCAGUUAGUGAAGCGGUACUGGGAGUUCUAGGGAAUGGAUUUAUUGGACUUGUCAACUGUGUAGACUAUGUGAAGAACAAAAAGUUUUCGAUGAUUGGCUUUAUUCUCACUGGCUUAGCUACUUCCAGAGUUUUUCUGAUAUUGUUAAUAAUUACAGAUGGACUUAUAAAGCUAUUCUCUCCAGAUAUGUAUUACUCUGGCAAACUAAUUGAUUUUAUUAGUUACUCAUGGAUAAUUAUCAAUCAAUCAAGUAUCUGGUUUGCCACCAGCCUCAGUAUCUUCUAUUUCCUGAAGAUAGCAAAUUUUUCCCACCGUAUUUUUCUCUGGCUGAAGGGUAGGAUCAAUAGGGUUCUUCACCUUCUGAUGGGAUCCUUGUUUAUUUCAUGGUUAUUUACUUUUCCACAAAUUGUGAGGAUUAUUAAUGAUAACAGAAUGAGGAGUGGAAAUACAACCUGGGACUUCAACAUGCCAAAAAGUAUGUUCUUUACUAAGCAGAUUUUGGUCAACCUAGGAGUCAUUCUUCUCUUUACACUCUGCCUGGUUACAUGUUUCUUGUUAAUCGUUUCCCUCUGGAGACACAACAGGCGCAUGCAAAUGAAGAUCACUGGACCCCGAGACCCCAGUACAGAAGCACACGUGAAAGCAAUGAAAGUUUUAAUAUCUUUUAUCUUCCUCUUCAUCUUGUAUUUUAUAGGCAUUGUCAUAGAGAUAGUAUGUUUCAAUAUGCCAGAAAACAGACUACUGUUUAUUUUUGGCAUGACGACCGCAGCCAUCUAUCCCUGGGGUCACUCCCUUAUCCUAAUUCUAGGAAACAGCAAGCUGAAGCGAGCCUCUUUGAGGGCCCUGCAGAGAUGCAAGUGCUAUGAGGCCAGGACAUGGCUCACAGCUGCACAGACCCGCGUGGGGGCAAAUGGAUGUUCUAGGAGAAUAAUCUAG